CGUCACGGAACAGCGCAUUAAGAGUCUACGACCUUAAUACACGACACAUUAAGCGACUUCACCACCACCACAACUACUUUUACUGUCGGUUUUCAGAGCGUCCAUUGGCCCCGGAAGCAAAAGCGAUUGGGAAACUUCUCUUGUUUUGUGUCGAGAAAAAGGGCGCGUUUGGUUGUAAAGAUCGAUCCAUCGAUCCGUUUCCUGGAAUAUAGAUUCUUGAGAAAACCUUGCAAUAGAGAGAGAAAGAUGAUGAUGGGAUGAAGGUGAGGGAGGAGGGAGAUGGCGAGAAUAGAGUGGGGAUUUCAGGGGAGAGGGAAAUGGUGUUCGUACAAGAGAACCACUCUAAUUAUCUGUUCCAUCAACAUUGUUGUAGCUCUUUAUGUUCUUCACUCUCUUUAUAACUCUAUUUACAUAUCCUCCAAUAUCGAUUCGCAAAGCGCUGUCAAGUACACCCCAGAUCAGAUUAGGAAAAUGGAAGAAUCAAUUCGGAUCCGAAGAGCGUCCGAGCCUGUAGAACUUGUUAAAUUGGUGAAGGAAGUAGAAAAAGAGUUAUCUAGAGAAGCAUCUGAGGUAGAAUUGCCACAGCCCAUUAAACAAAAGAUAACUGAUGAGAUUCUUCAGAGGUUGAAAAGCCUUGACCAUAACUCCAAUGUGAGUGUGCAGAGAGAAGCAGUUGAAAGCUGGCGGAAGGAAAAAAUAGAAGAAGUCAAGAAGUCUAUGAAUUCAACUAUUUCACCUGAAGAAGCUGGGAUGCUAGUGAGAGCCUUGGAGUCCAAUUGGGCUGUGCUAUUUGAGGAAAUUGGACUUUGGAUGCCAACUGAAGUCAUUUACAAGGAACAUGACGAUAAACCUGAGGGUGAAGAAGAGUUUGAUGAUGGAAUUAUACCUGGCAGACCAGUUCCACCUGAAUGCCAUGCGGAGAUUCAUACAGAUUAUGAUGGUGCUGCUGUCAGAUGGGGCCUUACCCACCAUAAAGAUAGUGCAGCAGAUUGUUGCCAGGCGUGUUUGGAUCAAGCUAACCGUGCCAAGCCAGGUGAAAAGAAAUGCAAUAUAUGGGUGUAUUGCCCAUCCGAGACAGGGUGCUUUUCUCCAGACAUUUAUGAACACAAAAAUGGGGAGUGCUGGCUGAAAUAUGCACAGAAACCCAGACUAAAUUUUAAGGACAAGUAUUCUGAAUCAUAUAGAAAUGCCCACCCAUCAGCGCCAUUGUUUGUUCCGUGGGUCUCUGGAGUUGUUAGUGCAUGAUUGGUUUUUCCAGCAAAUGGGCCACCAAUUUGACGAGAUACUGAAGCUACAAACACUACCUAGAAGUGGAAAAUUUUCAAACCCACAUAGAGCAAACCUCUACUGCAAUCUCUACCAUUCAAUCUUUAUGUCGGUUGGGUUUGCUUUCUUUUUGCAUCUGUUGUUUUUCCAAGGAGAGAAAUGGCGGGUGGAGUUGGGUUUGAAGGUGGUGUUAGAUAGUAGUGUAGCCAUGACAUUUUUUCUGUAAUAGAGUGAGGUGCAGAGGGUGGGGGAUGCAAAAGGUAGUAACUCAUGUGGGGUUGUAUUCUGAGAAAAUUGUUCAUUACAAGGGGAUGUGAAUUGUUUAGCACCAUUUAUUUUUAACUCGCUUUUAGACUAUUUUUGAGUUUCUUAA